AUGCCGCAGCCCACUUCUAGUUUCCCGGCUGACGGCUUCGAAGAGCUCCCAGCACAGGAAAAUAUAGAAGAGGAAACCGUCCUGUGCUACCGCCCAGAGAAGUUUUAUCCAGUACGGCUGGGUCAAAUAUUCAAGUCCAGAUACCAGGUCGUCGCCAAGCUCGGAUUCGGCACUUACUCGACUAUCUGGCUUUGUCGAGACAUUGAGAAGAACUGUUUUCUGACCCUGAAGAUCUGUAUUUCAGGUCAGGAGGGCAACAACGAGGUGGCCGUGUCCCGCUAUCUCGAGUCCAUCGACGCCGCCGGUCACCCCGGAAAGCAGCUGCUCCGUCUGGUCCUGGAUGAGUUCCAGAUAGAAGGUCCACAAGGGACGCACCAAUGUCUUCUCUUCGCACCCCUGGGAAUGAGUUUCACGAAGUUUCGCAACUUAUUUCCAGACAGAGGGCUGGACAAGGUGCUGCUGCAGCAAACACUGCAACUCGUCCUUCUAGGCCUGGACUUUCUGCACCAGGCCGGCGUCGUGCACACCGACUUAUCCCCGAACAACCUGCUACUGGGAGUCCAGAACUCGUCGGCUUUUGAGGAAAUCGAGCGACUGGAGCUGGAGCAGCCAUGUGACCGCAAGACUCUCGCCGAUCGCGUCAUUUAUCGGUCCAGGCGGAUGCCCAUCACGUUCGGCCCGGCGACCAUCUGCGACUUCGGUGCCGCCAAGAUAGGAGACAAGCACACCGGCGACGUCAUGCCCGGCGUGUACCGGGCGCCGGAAAUCAUCCUGGGCAUGGAAUGGGAUUCCAAGAUCGACAUAUGGUCUGUCGGAGUCAUGGUAUGGGAUUUGUUCGAAGGGGGCAGGCUGUUUCACGCCGCAAAGGACGGCCAGCUUGAUGACGAGCAACAUCUCGCCGAGAUGGUUUCUCUCAUGGGACUUCCGCCGGCCAAGCUGUUAGAGCGAAGCGAGAAGGCCCGCCAGUACUGGGACGCCGAAGGCAAUUGGAUUGCUGCGACGCCACUCCCCGAACAGUCGCUCGAGACACGCGAGAGGCGGCUGGAGGGCCGGGAUCAAGAGCUGCUCCUCAAAUUUGUCCGGAAGCUAUUGCGGUGGCUCCCCGAAGACAGACCAUCUGCUCAAGACCUCUUUGAAGAUGAGUUUCUCAUACAGUAUACACAUGAACAGUAG